AACAUUAAUAAUGAUUAGCAGAACUUUUUUUUGACCGUUUUUAAUCUAAAACGGUACUACUACCUAAACGGUAACAUAAAUAAUUUGAACUUAUUCCCACCACUCUUACACACAAACCGACCUUAACCACUCCUCCUAACCUCACUAGCACCGUAACCUUACUAAACACCAUGAAAUAGCCAUUAAAACAUGAUACACCCACCGCUCAGGUGAUUCAAGCUUCAGUCGAAAGCCUUCAAGUGAACAUGACCUUACAUUAUCGGCUAUAACACGAGGAGGACCUUGUGAGGGCCACGGGAGGGACCAUAAAGAAAACCAUCGGUGUCCUACUUACCAGCUGACUAACAAACCAACUAAUACAUAAACGACACGGAAAACUAGCCCCUAUUUUAAUAUACAUAAGCACGGAGAAAGGUGAAAGUAAAGUUUGUAGGUCUGUAGGCCUGUCAGCGUUUCCGUGUGUGAGUAAUGCUGUAUUUGUGUGAUUGUGUGCGUGUACGCAUGGAGAUAGCAGCCGCCAGGUGUGCUCAACUAAAAGUGAAAUGCCUCGCAUUUCGUUUUGGUUAAGUUUUUGAUUAUUUUUCCAAAUUAAUUCAUGAAAUAAUGUUUGUGAACGGAAUAUACAAAAGUAAUUUCUCUUAAAAGAAAUUGAACUCCAAAAAAUGUUGUCUGUCUUUAAGAACCCAACAACAUAAGCACAUAAAAAAUUAGGUCAAGAUAACAUUCAAAGCAAUUAAAAAUCAAACGUCCUGUGUUAUUUAUUUUGACGGCUCCUAGCCUUCUGAUUAAGUGCUCGUAACAUAAUUACUUAUACCAAUAUUUCCUUUAAGGAGCUAAAAAACUAAAUAAUUUACAAUCGCGCUGUUAUUGCGUGCUUCCGAUGCAAUAUCCUCUGAGGGAGACCUAGUUCCAUAUCAUAGUCGAUGCUACUCGACUGUUUGAGUGUAGGUUUUAGUUAAAAGGAUAUUACUUUAUUAACAACUAACUAUAAAUAACAAAUUGCACUAUUUUUUUACCAUAAAACUAAAUGGUUUAGUAACUACAGUUUUCGCAAUCAAGUUAGCUGCUCCAAAUACGUUAGCAAUUUGUUUUAAAAAACAAUGUCAAAUGUUCCGAAAUAACACAUCAUUACGUGGGCCAUAGAUCACAAAUCUUACGGUAAUAAUAGCACAACAUCAACAAUUAACAUAGUGAAUCAGAAUCACGACUAAUUAGCGCAUGAAAUAACCCGCGACGCGACAUAGCCGGCUACGAGGCGUAGCGGGCCGCGGUUCGUCCGCCCUGCAUGCGCACGGUGGUAGAAAAUUUUUGGUGGGAAGUGAGUGGGGUGCGCCCGCGCCGUCAGUCUGACGACGACACGCGCGCGCAGCGCCCGUACCGGCUCGUGAGUGAAGUGCAGUGCGGACAAACACACAAUAACCAGUGACGCUAAACUACGGGGAGACAAAACAUAAAAAUACAGUUCCUUCCUUUUGCCCCCACUGUCUGACCCCGGGUAGUCUGAACAUUGUCGAAGGCGAGAGACUCUCUUAGCGGAUUGAUAAAGUGGACAUGACCAUGUUAAGGAUUUGACACCAGCGGCUACAACGAUCUUGCUCCAAUAUUUACAUAUAGUGCAGCAGGGUGGCGGCGUCCAAGUAUGGCGGUGGAGGGCUCUCACUGGGCUCCGGCGUCGCGGUGAGACGCGGCAUGAAGUGCGCCAGCGUGGCGGGCGCCAGCGGGGACGAGCUGCUGCUCGGCAGCUGCUGGCUCGACCCCAAGCUCGACCACUCCUCCCCCCCGCCCACCUGUCACGAGCUCCUAGACUCCCUCCUCGCUCCUACCCCUCUCGCAGAGCUCAAACCUUUGCCUCCUUUCACCGGGUACACCGGACACUUAUCUAUCAACGGCAUCUCUGGACACCAUUACCAUGCGAUAGCGCAACGCCUUCCAGAAGAAAACAACAACUAUCCCACUCAAAGUGGCUACGGGGCGGACCAUGACGUUGUGUCGUCAUCAACAUGCGCCGCCGACGCAGAGCCCCCAGAUUUAGAAGAUGUCAAGCCAUUCUUAGAUGCGCCUGACACCAAACCUUUCGCGGAGACUUCCGCCGCAGACUCCUGCGCCGCUUCCUGUUCACCACCCGCUAAACUUUUCGAAGACGGACACAAGCAGGACAUGUACGAUAUCAGCUCGAUAGAAGACAUAGCGGCCAUCAUCGGGUCGGCCAUCGCCGACACCACGGUUCCGUCACAACCAGAGGACCCAGAAAGAAAUGACUCUCGCGACAGUUGGAUGGAUAUUGACGCCUGGAUAACCGGCGCAUGUACUCAACCUGGGGACAAAAUAGUACAGCAAGAUCUCGCUGAAUUUGGCCUGCCUAACUCACCACCUUCGGGAAUGAAUCAUCAUUCCAGUCUAGACUUUCCUUGUAAGAAUCAGGAGUUUUCAAAAAGUUCCGAGUUUCUUCAGAAAAACUUAGGCCAAGCAGGGUCGACGCUACAAUCAUUGUUGACGCAUGGCUACAUGCCAUUACUACAAAACCGACUGCAGAAUGGACCACCAGUAAAGCAGGAGGCGCCGAGCUCUACAAGCUACGGCAUGGAUGUAAUAUCAACGUCUUCUCCACCUGGAAACGCUGUGUCUACGACUGACGGUGUCGGUGGGUUGCUCAACGGCAGAUACGCCUCACAUUAUGCGCUUGGUUUGAAACCAGAAGGACUUUGUAGUCCAGAAAGGCUUUUGGGCUAUCCUCAUGCUCAUACCACAACAUCUACUCCAGCGAGUAAAAGCAAAAGAAGUCGAGCUAAGGCGAAACAGGCGAACAGCGGGAACAUGCACGGCAGCGCGCUCGCGUUCUCCUCCGCCACAGCAGCCGAGCUGAGCGGCCUGCUCGGCAAGGAGAAGCCGGUGCACCGGUGCGGGAUAUGCAAUAGAGGAUUCCUGAACAAGUCCAACAUAAAGGUCCAUCUCCGGACGCACACGGGGGAGAAGCCUUUCCGCUGCGACGUGUGUGCGAAGGCGUUCCGUCAGAAGGCGCACCUCAUCAAGCACCAACAGAUCCACAAGCGGAUCGGCAGGGACUAGUAGGUGUAGGUUCUAGCUCAAAAUGAAGCAUUUUGUAGUUUGUAAAUUAGUGUGUCUGUGGCGUCAGUGUCAGUGAGCGUGAAUCUCAAGUAGGCUAUUGUAAAUUUAUUUCGUUAGGAGGGUGAGGUCGGCGCCGGCUCCACAAACAUUGGCGCGCGCUGCUGCGGCGGCGCUCGGCCGCGCUCGGCAACGCUCGGCCGCGCUCGGCGACGCUCGACUUCUAACGUAGUUACGUGGUAUCACGUAUCAUUACUAAUUUAACCCAUUAGCGUCACAUUCCUAAGGACAAGUGCAAUGUUAACUAGUUUUAAGGGAUUUAUAUUCUCUGUAUUAUAUUAUUAGUUUGUAAGCUCUUUGUUUCCGCUUCAAUCUUAGAAAAUAUGUUCUGAUCUUUCCGUCUCAUUAGAGUAGUUUAUCUUCUUAUUUCGGUUAUGUGUUGACGUCUAUCGCCUGGCACGCCGCAUCGUGCCUCGCCAGCAACGCGUGCGUCCUUAGAGCGGACAAAACAUGAACGAAAUAUUUUUUGUAAUCUAGUAAAAGAAAAUAUUUAAUUUUAUAUGUGAAUGGUUACUCCGAUUACCUAUUGUUAGUCAG